UGUCCGCGCGUUUCCCCUUAUUGUACUGCUGUUGAAAGCGGAAAUCGUCGUGGUGCAGUUUUGUGUUUAAGUCCAAAGGCAGCGGACUAGUGUAGGCUUUGUCUUAUUUUUGGCUUAGGAGAAAGAUUUUUUUCAGUAGUCGUUGAAAUGGCAUCUGGUGUUUCAGUGGCUGAUAUUGUUGUCCAAACCUUUAAUGAUAUGAAGGUGAGAAAAGCAGAAAGUGUGGAAGAUGCAAAGAAGAGGAAGAAGGGGGUAAUGUUCUGCUUGAAUAAAGAAAUGACUCAAAUAGUUAUAGAUGAAGAAAGACAGAUCCUGUGUGGAGACAUUGGCACAACUGUUAAAGAUCCCUUGAUGGACUUUUUCAAACUCCUGCCAUUGAAAGAUUGCCGCUAUUGCCUCUUUGAUUUAAGCUACAGAACCAAGGAAUCUGUAAAGGAAGACCUAAUCUUCGUAUUCUGGGCUCCUGAUCAGGCUCCACUGAAGAAUAAAAUGGUGUAUGCUGCUUCAAAAGAAGCACUAAGAAAGGUGUUCACAGGAAUCAAACAUGAAUUCCAGUUGGCUGGUCCUGAAGACAUUGGCUCUGUGUGGCAUUUUCGGGAAUUGUUAAAAGCACCAGAUGUUGUUAGCAUAGAAGGCCACGUACUUCUUCCAGAAGCAUAGUUGUUGUAGUCCUGUGCUGGGGAGGUCUCUGCCCAUAUUAUCUGGGCUCCAUUACCUUCUUUAAUUUUCCAGUUUGCUGCUUUGCUUGGGAACGGCUUGAAGUGCAUUUUACAAAAGGCCAGGAAAUUGUCAUUUAACUUGAGAAGGCUGCCAUUUUUUUCAGACCUGAUGUGAUGGUAUAGCCAACACUAGAAUGUCAGACAUUUUAUAGCGGCUGCUUGUUACAUUCCAGAUUCAUCCAGCUAAGAUGAGAAACUUUUGGAUUACGAAUAAAUCAUUGUUAGUCUAAACUAAAUUUGGCUCUAAAAAUAGAGGAGUCUAAUUCUCAUUUGCAUUCUGACCAAUUUAAUCUGAAGACCAAGUUUUCUGUAGCACCUACUUUCUGCUGCACGUUCCCAUGUAUUAAAAGCAUAUGGAAUAUUAAUUGACUUCUUUUCAUUGCCAUCCUUUUAUAUUUUUUGUAUGUUUUAACAGUUGUCUUAAAGAACUAAGCUGUUUAUUUGCAUUGUACUGCUCUGACUUGGAUGUCAUGAAUGAAGUAUUCUAAAUCUUACCAGUUUUCAGAGCUACAGUAGUUGGUGCUCGUUUUUUGUAGUACUAUUUGUAAUGGAUGGUUAAACUCAGUACAGUAUUCGGGAGACAGUAUCAAUUAAAGUUCUAUUAAAAGAUGAAAA